AUGGCCGCUAUAAUUUUAAAAACAACUAGAACUGUGAACAGCUCCGAGAUGCAGCCAUUUUAUGUAGCAGCUAUAAAAUAUAAAAUCGAUUGCUUUCAUGGCUGCCUCUCCGAUAUCCACCUCCAUCUCAGUUCAAACUCACGUCAAAAAGGCCAUGAGGAUAGAUGGGUCAGCACAGAAUACUACGGUGGAAAAAGUGUUGUCUGUUUGUUGACCCAACUAAUGAUUAUACUUGGUGGGUUGACUUGGGAGCCCUUCGCCAACGCAUGCUCCUUUAUAAAUUUACAGUUGGGGUCAACACGACUGUUCUACAGAAACCAGCUCAUUUACCAAAAAGCUGUCAACAGUUUUUUCCAAAGACACAUGAAUCAGAUACGCCAGUCCUUGAAAGAGAAAGACAUAGUGGCAGCAGUGGAUGUCAGAUAUGAUACCCCAGGAUUUUCUGCAAAUAAAGCAACAGUCGUUUUUUUGGACACAGCAUCAAGAAAGAUCUUUCAUUUUGAUGCUGGUGAUUCACAAGAAGUAGACAGACACAGUCCAAGAUUGGAGAAACAUCUGGUAUCAAAAGGUUUACAAUUCAUCCUUACCACCCAACUUCAAGUUUCUGAAAUAGUUUCUGAUGCGAGUACAACAAUUAUCAAUUUGAUGGCAUCUGAAUUCCCACAGUUUAUACACAGCUUAGAUACGUGGCACAAAGCAAAAUCCAUAGCUAAACGAUUAGCAGAAACAUCCAAGAAGGCAGCUAAUAAGGAGCUUAUACCAUGGAUUAGAAAAAUCAUCAAUCACUUUUGGUACUGCUGUCACGUAUCGAAGGGAAGUGUCGACAGACUAACACGUCGCUGGUUUGGUAUACUUUACCAUGUUACCAAUGUGCAUUCGUGGGUCACUGACAGGUGCAGACAUAGAGAAAAUGAAAUAAUUGACAACCCAUCAAGAUCGUGGUUGAACAAAUCAAGUACCGCGUAUAAAAAUCUAAGAUCUAUUAUCACAGAUAAAUAUUUCCUGGGAAACCUGAAAUACUACACACGGUGCAGACAAACAUGGUGCAUUGAGAAUUUUUACUCUCAUUCCUUACUGAAAUAUUGUCCAAAAAGAAUAGGAUUUAGUUUCGAUGGUUAUGUGAUGAGAAACCAACUAGCCAUCAUAGACUACAACCAUCAUACAGGAAGACCAGCGCUUACCAACUCACAGGACGAAGUUUGCGGAAUGCCACAGUUCUCGAGGAAAACCAAGCACUGGGUAGCAUAUGAAAGGCUUGUAUGUAAGAGUUAUGACUAUAUACCAGAUCUUAUGUCAGAAUGCAUGCAUCAUAUAUACUGUGCCAGAAACGAAGACUACAAAAAAGGUAAAAGGUCCCUAGAAUUGGAUGACAUAGCACCAAAUCUGUCGGGAGAGUCAAAUCCGGAAACGACGUCAAAUUUAUUGAAAGAAAUGAAACGAAGAAAAAGUGAAGGUAAACAAUAUUUUUAUUCAGAAUCGGAAAACGCUGAAUGGUAUCCAGAAUAUUCAUUUGAUGGAAAUGUUGCUCUUAUUGCAACGUAG